AGGAGGGGGUUUCUAGCUUCAGUCUCAGUCGACUCAACAGGAUCUUGUGUUGGACAGGAGGUUUCGACUUGACGACUGAUGCUCAAUCCUCGGGUGAUUUUACAUUAGAUUUGGGAAUUACUUCUGAGUGAGGACCGCCACCAUGUCGGUGACUGUUCAUGAGAAUCGGAAAUCCCGCACCAGCACGGGAUCCAUGAACAUUUCCCUGUUCCACAAGCCUUCGCACCCUGAACUUGUCUUGACUCAUCUAAACACAAUGAGGAAACAGUGCAUGUUCACAGAUAUCACACUGUGGGCUCGGGACCGGUCCUUCCAAUGUCACAGGGCAGUAUUGGCUGCUUGUAGCCGUUACUUUGAAGCCAUGUUCAGUGGAGGGCUACGAGAAAGUAUGGACAGUGAAGUCAAUUUCAGAGACAGUAUACACCCCGAGGUCUUGGAGCUUCUGCUGGAUUUCGCCUAUUCUUCUCGAGUCAUUAUAAAUGAAGAGAACGCUGAAUCAUUGUUGGAAGCAGGAGACAUGUUGCAGUUUCAUGACAUCCGGGAUGCCGCAGCAGAAUUUUUAGAAAAAAACCUUCAUUCAUCCAACUGUUUGGGGAUGAUGCUAUUAUCAGAUGCCCAUCAGUGUAAAAGAUUGUACGAGCUGUCAUGGAGGAUGUGCCUACUACACUAUGAAACGAUACGAGAAUCUGAGGACUUCUAUAGUUUGACAAAAGAAAAGUUGCUGGAGCUUGUACUUAGUGAUGAGCUGGAGAUAGAAGAUGAACAGGUUGUGUUUAACUCUGUGAUGCGAUGGGUUCAAAAUGACUUGGAUAGUCGGCGUCACCAUUUACCGGAGCUGCUUGGGGCCAUAAGGUUGGCUCUUCUUCCCUCUGAAUGUCUCUUGGAGGCUGUUGCAUGUGAAGAGCUAAUAAUGGCUGACAAGAGGAGCAGGUUAAUUGUAGACGAAGCAAUGCAGUGUAAAAAAAGAAUUCUUCAAAAUGAUGGAAUUGUGACGAGUCCCUGUGCUCGACCACGUAAGGCAGGGCACACACUGCUUAUAUUGGGAGGCCAAACUUUUAUGUGUGACAAGAUAUAUCAGGUUGACCAUAAAGCCAAGGAGAUAAUUCCAAAGGCAGACCUUCCCAGCCCAAGAAAAGAAUUCAGUGCAUGUGCCAUUGGGUGUAAGGUUUAUGUGACUGGAGGAAGAGGGUCUGAAAAUGGAGUGUCAAAAGACGUCUGGAUCUAUGACACAGUUCAUGAAGAAUGGGCGAAAGGAGCACCCAUGCUUAUAGCAAGAUUUGGUCAUGGUUCAGCUGAGUUGGAGAACAGCCUGUAUGUGGUUGGUGGUCAUACAGCCAUUGCCUUUGUUUUUCCUGCAUCGCCAUCCGUCUCUUUAAAACAAGUUGAGCGGUAUGACCCUGUCAGUAACAAGUGGACUAUGAUGGCUCCCUUAAGAGAUGGCGUCAGUAAUGCAGCAGUGGUCAGUGCCAAAUUAAAACUGUUCGUUUUUGGUGGCACCAGCAUACACAGAGAAAAGGCCUCUAAGGUCCAAUGCUAUGACCCUGUUGUGAACCGCUGGAACAUUGCAGCUGAAUGCCCGCAACCUUGGCGCUACACAGCAGCUGCAGUCUUGGGGAGUCAGAUCUUCAUCAUGGGUGGUGACACAGAAUUCACAGCAGCCUCUGCUUAUCGGUUUGACUGUGAAACGAAUCAGUGGAGUCGUGUGGGUGACAUGACAUCGAAACGGAUGAGUUGCCAUGCCGUGGCCUCAGGAAAUAAACUGUAUGUGGUUGGAGGUUACUUUGGGACACAGAGGUGUAAAACAUUGGAUUGUUAUGAUCCAACAUCAGACAGCUGGAACUCCAUCACCACUGUGCCUUAUUCACUGAUCCCUACCGCCUUUGUCAGCACGUGGAAACACCUACCUGCCUAAGUGGAAUACAGUAUGAGGAGUGUAACUGCUGUCUGAAGGGAAACAUCCAUCCUGCAACCAGAUUCUGACUUAAAUGGACAGUAAAAAAAAAUUUGUUUUAAAUCAGAUUACACUAACAACCGCAUGAACAUUCUAAAACUGUCCAAAGCUGCACCUGACACUAUUUAAAAGCCUAGUUCAGUCUGGUCAACAGCUCACUAUCCAGGUCUGAAGCCAAAUGGACAGCUGCUCUUCUACUUCCUGAAUAAUGUUGUACAGUGAUCACCUGCUAUUCCCAGCGGAUGAGGACCGAGCCCUGCUGCGAAUAGCAAAAAGCAGUGAAUAAUUGAUGCCCCCCUCAAAAGGGGUUGUGUAUAGAUGCCACAAGAGGGCAGAGAAAGCUUUUAAAACGGAGUGAAUCAUAAAGCUCCAACACCACACAUCGAGCAUGUUUUCAUCAUCACAUUAAACACUGAUUUGAAGCAAGAGUUUACAGUCAAUGGAAAACAACUACAUGAAAAUAAAAUCAAUCCUACAAAUAUGUCUAUCAAAAGAUGCCUCCACAAAGCCAGUGUUGCCACAGUUACCUUGAAGUAACUUAGUUACUGAUUACUUGAUUUCAAACGUCACUAAGUAACUUAACUUUUUAGUUACUUCCAGCAGCUACCAAGUGGCAGGAAUAUAACUCAUCCACAGUACAAAAAGAGUGUUAGCUUAACCAUAGCCAUUACGUGGUAAUAUAUGCCACACAAGUUCUAGAAUGAUGUCAUCAACAUGAACCAAUAACUUAAAUAUUAGUGUAGCUGAAGCCACAUUAAAUGAGCUACUGAGUGCAGACUUGAUGGGAAAAAAAAAAGUACCUCAAUGUAAAUGCACACUCUCAAGUACACUUCUCUAAAGACUUCACUGAUAAAUAGAUAUUGUUGAUAGAACGACAGACAGACUGUAGCAACCCUGCAUAUUGUUGGAGUUUGGUAGUUUCCGAUUGUGUCGGGCUCCAUGAAGGCAACUACGUGUGCGUGCGUGUAUGUAAACGUGAAAGAGAGUGGCGGUUAGAUGUUGGAUAGAUGCAGACGCUUUAGUGUUGUAAAAGCGUGAUUGCGGCCAACCGUACUCAUUUUGUUGCAGCCGUGGGCCAAUGGUUAGGAUCAUCGCCUGCCACCGUGGGGCACCUAGGUUCAAGACCCCGACUGCCCCAUCCGCCAACAUCUCCCAGAUUCACAGCUGUGGUGUCCUUGAGCAAGACACCGAUACCCUGAACUGCUCCCCGGGCACUUAAGCUGCCUCCUGCUCCAGUAUGUUCCACUAGCAAGUGUGUGUGUGUUCACUGUGAUGGGUAAAAUCCAGAGAACAGAUUUUGUGUGCAUGCAUGCAUGUUCAUGACAAUAAAGUUGAUUCUUCUACUAUUA